GGCAGAUAUAUCACGUAAUACGGGAAGGAACCAAAAGGGGGAGAGCCUCGGAAUCGGAAAAACAUCGGUUCGUUCGGAACUUAGUGAAGUCCGAUACGCUUUCUAUUGGAGAGAAGAAAGGAAAGAAGGGUGGAGAAGCAGGAGAAACGGCGGGCUACCCCAAAGUCUCUUAGCUCGUACGACCUACAAAGCUUGGGGGUCUCUUAAGCCAGCCACCAUUCAAGAAAAUCCCGCCAGUGCCUAUUUUUUCCAUGUACAUCUUAUUGCCAUCGGGCGCCGGCUAUUAUGUUGACCGCGACAACCGCAAAGUCGGCCUCGUUCUACCGCGACAUAGUACGUGUAAGCCUCUAACGCUGUAAGCGGCUAUCUCGAUCGAUCUUUUUUUUUUUUUAGGGGAGGCGGAUAAAAAAAAAAGAAAGAAUCCGAGAAUGGAUCCAUCCUCCCUUGACCCACGUCUUCGUGGUGAAGUCGGCGAAGAUUCAAUUGUCGUCAAUGAUCCGACAAAUCCGAAUCCCCAGCAUCCGCAUCCGCACCCGCAUCCACAUUCACAUCUUCAACAACAUCAACACCAAGCCGCCGUCGCAGGGAUCCCCGCUUCAUCCGCACAAGAAGAUCUUCCCGAUUCACCACUUCAACAACAUCUCCAAUCUCAAGCAACUGGUCACCCGUCGCCCGAUUCCGCAACUCAUUAUGCUCCUCAAACCCCCAAUGGCCAUCCACAUUCGGCGAAUAGCGAUACCCCCAAUGCACUCGGGGGUACUCCCCACGACCCCAACGAUCCCAAGCGACCAAGAGCCUGCGAGGCCUGCCGUGGGUUGAAGGUGAAAUGUGAACCCGACCUUUCGAAUUUAGAAGGGCCUUGUAAAAGAUGUGCGAAAGCGGGUAGGAAUUGCGUGGUAACACAACCAACGCGUAAGAGGCAAAAGAAGACAGAUAGCCGGGUUGCUGAGCUAGAGAAAAAGAUCGAUGCAUUAACUGCAAGUUUGCAAGCUAGCAGAGGCGCACCUGGCCACACUGCUGCUGCUGCCGCGCAUUCAACCCCAUCGGAGGACCAAAAGUAUGGAUAUGAUGCGGCAAGAGAUUGGGGUGCUCCGCCGUCUAGGGAAAACCAACACCAGCCUCAAUCACACCCCCAAUCUCAACAUGCGCCGUCACCAGAGAAGCGCCCGUUUGCGCCACCGACCGUUAUGGCUGGUCAGAAACGAAAAUUCACCGAACCCGCCGAUGGUUCGCCCGGUAUAUCGUCAGCGGUACCGAAAGCCAGCGCAGGGGUCGAGCAGCAACCCGAUAUAAUCGAUCGCGGGGUAAUAACUAUGAGCGAAGCUGCUGAGUUUUUCGCCCGCUACACGGACGAUAUGGUACCUCACUUACCAGCAGUCGUCUUCCCUGAAGGUACUACUGCCGCCGAUGUCCGUAAGACGAAACCUAUACUGUUCCUUGCCAUUAUGGCGGCUGCUUCGUCUGAAAUACCGAAGCUUCAACGUCAACUCGUAAAGGAAAUAUUACAGAUAUUUGCCGACGCCAUCAUAAUCACUGGAAGGAAGUCUUUAGAAUUAAUCCAGUCCCUUUUAGUCAGUGUCAUAUGGUAUUAUCCGCCGGAACACUUCGAGGAACUAAAAUUUUAUCAAUUCAUACAUCUGGCCGCUGUUAUGUCAAUUGAUAUCGGUCUGGGCCGAAAAACACACAACCCUAAAACACGUCUCGUACCAUAUACUUGGCGGGAUCACCCAUUCCGAAAACAACCUCUACCAGACCCAAUGUCACUGGAAGCACGACGAACAUGGCUGACGGUGUAUUUCCUGGCAUCUAACGUAUCCAUGGCUUUACAUCGUCCUAACCUAAUUCGAUGGCAACCUUUUAUGACUGAAUGCAUGGACAUCUUAGAAUCGUCCCCUGAAGCUGCGCCCACUGACAGGUACUUGUGUCAUCUUGUCUGGACUCAUCGAUUAGCCGAGGAUGUUGGCAUACAGUUCUCUAUGGAUGAUCCAACUGUGUUUGUUAACAUCUCUGAGCAGAAGGUGCAGUAUGCUCUACGAGGCUUCGAACGUGAUCUUGCCAAGUAUAGCGAAUCUAUCCCUAAGGCGGAGAAGCGAGCAUCCCUUCUCCUUGGCUUCCAUGUGUUGAAUUUAUAUAUGCAUGAAAUCGCUCUACACGUCGAUAAAAACCCGGAAGAUUACCGACCUCCUUGUGGCGCGGACUCACUCCGAGACCCGAUUCCGGGAUUGGACGAUUCUCUUACGCCAUCUCAUAUCAGUGCCCUAUCCUCAUGUCUUACCGCUAUCGACGGUAUUUUUGAGACAUUUUUAUCAAUGGACGUGCACAGUAUUCGCUGCAUACCCAUCUUCACCUUCGUUAGAGUCGCUUAUGCAGUGGUCGUCCUCAUUAAGAUGUAUUUCAGCGCCAGUAAUUCAAAUUCUGAACUCGGCAAAGUCAUCAAUAAGGAUAAUAUGAAAGUUGCGGAAUAUCUUGAGAAACUCCUUGAGAAAUUCCGCGACGUUGCCGCAUCAGAUAAGUCUCGCCCGGCUAGCAAGUUCCUCCUUGUCCUAGCGAUGCUUCGAACGUGGUUUUUUAAACAGGGACAAGCAACGAACAAAGCACAGGGUGAGGAGGAAUCAGAACCUACGCAAGGGCCCAAAGAUCCGACAAAUCCAAACGAACAACAACAACCACAGAACGGCGCGGGUCAAUCACAUCCCCAUGCGCAGCAACAGCAGCAUCAGCAACCGCUUCAGGCCCCGACAAGCAAUCCUGGGCCGACUAACACGCCGCUCCAGCUCCUAUCGGAAAUAGCGACCGGAAAUGGCCCUAACCAAGCGGGUCCAGGUCCGGAACCAAACAACCCGCAAGCUUUUAGAGGAUGGUUGCGGGCUGUACCACAGCCACCGCAGCCCUUCAUGUACGACCCGACAGGAACGGCUGCCGUUGUGUCUCAGGGAAUUCCUGGUUUAGGUAUAGGACCUGAGCAGGCGCUAAUGCCUUGGAUGACUGGAUCGUUCGGCACGACCGAAUUCGAUUAUGCUAGCUUGAGCGAUGGUUUUGAACAAGCUAUGGGUCUCACACUGACAGGCUUCGGCGGUGGUAGUCCCGGCGACCCGGCCUCAUACGAGGACACCAUGCGCUAUAUGAUGCAGAACGAUAUGCUUGGACCUAUGCCUCCUGGAACAGCAGAUGGGUUUGCUCCCGGCCCACCACAACACCAAGGGUCACCGAAUGGGAGUUACUACCAGUUCUAAGCGUGCAUAAUUUCCAUGUUCAAUAAAUGUUGUACGUCACUUCAAUGCUUGACGCCGUUCUUAUCGUACUUCCCUCACGCAUACACGUAGAUGUGGGGAAACUGUAUUAUUACGCGAAAAUACCAGCGUGAAGAAGAAAAGAGAGAAGACAUAAGAAUAAAAGGGCAGGAAGAUAAAUUACACAAGAGAAAGAGUAGUUGGGAAUUAUAUGUCGGUAUUUUCAAGAGGGUUCACUUAUCAUCUCCCUUUUCACCAACCCGCCACCACUCAUACUUUAUCACGACAUUAAAUCGGCUCUUAUCCAUGUAUGAUUUACCCCAAUCCAUUCAUAUACCACUCACUUUGCUACAUACCCGAUAAAGGCGCCGGAAUUGGGAAUUACUUAUUGUAGCUACACAAGGGUACAUGCGCAACAACAACAACAACAAGACAACAGGAUCGAACGGCGAACAGGCGCAACAACUUUGCUACAAGGUACCUAGGUACCUAUUACUUUUCUACUCCUCAUAUUAUCAGGGGUUGUGGUGCGGUGGAGUUUAUGAAAUGAUCCGAUGAUGCAUGCCUUUUACCGCGUUUUUAUCAUCAUCGCUAGUAUGAGAAAGACGACAAUAGAACUUUGCGCUGCAUACCCAUAACCACUGAU